AUGCGCGCCCGCUUCCUUCCGCUACUAGCGCGGCAGUGGCAACAUCAGGGGAGCAGCUCAAGCGGUGCGAGGAGAGGCUGCUGCGGGCGCCACCAGUGCGGGGAGACGCGGAGGGGGCUAGCGACGGCGGCGGCGAGGUGGUGGCACGUCGGUAGGAGGGGGUUCGCGGCAUCGGCGGAGGCGGGUGCGAAGGGGGAGAUGGAGAGCACCAUGAAGGAGAUACGGGGAGGCGGGGCGCCGUGCGUGCUGGACAUGGACGACGCGGCGACGGUGGGCGGCGGCGUCGAGGACACCUACGGCGAGGACCGCGCCACCGAGGAGCAGCUCGUCACGCCGUGGACCGUCUCUGUCGCGAGUGGUUACAAUUUGUUGAGGGAUCCACGCUACAACAAGGGGCUUGCCUUCACAGAGAAGGAGCGCGAGACACACUACCUUCGUGGCCUUCUGCCACCAACCGUCAUAUCCCAGGAGCUGCAGGAGAGGAAGAUCAUGCAUAAUAUUCGCCAGUACCAGCUACCUCUGCAGCGUUACAUGGCUAUGAUGGACCUUCAAGAGGGGAAUGAGAGGCUUUUCUACAAGCUCCUCAUUGACAAUGUUGAGGAGCUGCUUCCUAUUGUGUACACUCCAACUGUUGGUGAGGCCUGCCAAAAGUACGGAUCUAUAUUUAGUCGUCCGCAGGGUCUUUACAUCAGCUUGAAAGAGAAGGGAAAGAUCCUUGAGGUGCUGAAGAACUGGCCUGAGAGGAGCAUUCAGGUUAUUGUCGUUACUGACGGUGAACGUAUUUUGGGGCUUGGAGAUCUUGGAUGCCAGGGAAUGGGGAUUCCUGUUGGUAAGCUUUCCCUUUACACUGCUCUAGGAGGGGUUCGUCCAUCUGCAUGCUUGCCAAUCACAUUGGAUGUUGGUACAAAUAAUGAGGAGCUUCUGAAUGAUGAAUUUUACAUUGGCUUGAGGCAAAGAAGGGCCAUUGGCCAGGAGUAUGCUGAUUUUCUGCAUGAAUUUAUGGCUGCUGUGAAGCAAAACUAUGGGGAGAAAGUUCUCAUUCAGUUUGAGGAUUUUGCAAACCACAAUGCCUUUGAUCUCCUUGCAAGAUAUGGAACAACCCACCUGGUAUUCAAUGAUGACAUUCAGGGAACAGCUUCGGUGGUCCUUGCUGGGCUUGUUGCAGCACUGAAAUUAGUUGGUGGUACAUUAGCAGAGCACACCUACCUGUUCUUGGGAGCUGGAGAGGCUGGGACAGGUAUUGCGGAGCUUAUAGCUCUUGAGAUGUCAAGACAGACAAAAACACCAAUAGACGAAUGCCGCAAGAAAAUCUGGCUUGUUGAUUCAAAGGGCCUGAUCGUCAGUGCGCGAAAGGAGUCCCUUCAACACUUCAAGAAACCAUGGGCUCAUGAGCAUGAGCAUGUCGGCAACCUCUUAGAUGCAGUGAAUGCUAUCAAACCAACAGUGUUGAUUGGCACAUCUGGAAAGGGGCAGACUUUCACACAGGAGGUUGUUGAAGCCAUUUCCUCAUUUAAUGAGAUGCCUAUCAUUCUUGCCCUGUCCAACCCAACGUCGCAGGCUGAGUGCACUGCUGAACAAGCUUACACAUGGAGCAAGGGUCGAGCAGUGUUUGCAACUGGAAGCCCAUUUGAUCCAGUGGAGUACAAUGGCAAGAUAUAUGUUCCUGGCCAGGCAAACAAUGCAUAUAUCUUUCCAGGGUUUGGCCUUGGGGUGGUGAUGUCUGGGGCAAUCCGUGUGCAUGAUGACAUGCUUCUUGCAGCAUCGGAGGCUCUGGCUCAGCAGGUCACACAGGAGAAUUUUGACAAGGGGCUCAUUUAUCCCCCCUUCUCAAAUAUCAGAAAGAUCUCUGCUCACAUCGCAGCCAACGUUGCAGCAAAGGCAUAUGAACUUGGUUUGGCGAGUAGGCGCCCUCGACCGAAGGACCUGGUCAAGUAUGCAGAGAGCUGCAUGUACAGCCCGAUUUACCGCAAUUACCGGUGA